AACCGCGUAAUUACAAGCGAGCUUUCACCUUUCUUCAACGGAACAACUAAGCACGGGGAUGGAAGACGACAUGGGAUGGGGAGGAUUCUUCUGAAAGCGAGUCCCUUCGUCACCAUCUGAAAUUACUCUGCUACGGCCAAUCCCACAGUUAUUUUACAGUUAGAUCUCUCUCUCUCUCUCUCUCUCUCUCUCUCUCUUUCUUUCUCUGUGCUUUUGUUCUUCGUUUCUCUACACUUUCCCGGCAAAUUGGAGCUUGGAUAGCGGAUUUUCCCGAGAAAAUUUUACAUGUCUGACGCUUUGAUCAAUGGACUCGCCGGUGCUGGCGGCGGUAUCAUCGCUCAGCUCCUCACUUAUCCUCUUCAAACUGUAAAUACUCGGCAACAAACGGAGCGUGAUCCGAAGAAAGAGAAGAGGAAGCUUGGAACCAUAGAGCAAAUUUCUCAGGUUGUAAAGCACGAAGGAUGGGAACGGUUAUAUGGGGGAUUAAUGCCCUCUCUCGCAGGAACAGCUGCAUCUCAGGGUGUUUACUAUUAUUUCUAUCAAAUAUUCAGGGACAGAGCUGAAGCUAUUGCAUUUGAACGUAAGAGAAAAGGAUUUGGUGAUGGAACAGUCGGGAUGUUCUCAUCACUUGUUGUGGCUGCCUUGUCUGGCUGUGUAAAUGUGCUGCUGACAAAUCCCAUUUGGGUAGUUGUUGCACGAAUGCAGACUCAUACAAAAGUGUCAAAGAAAUCCCAGCCAAGUAGCUCAUUGUCAGUUGCCACAGACGAAACUGUUCUAGAUGCAAUUGAGCCUCCUCCAUAUGGAACUAAUCAUGCAAUUCAAGAAGUCUAUGAUGAAGCUGGAGUUUGUGGCUUUUGGAAAGGCGUAUUCCCAACAUUGAUCAUGCAAUUUGCUCAACAGGUAAGUAAUCCUUCCAUACAAUUCAUGCUUUAUGAAAUCAUGUUGAAGAAGCUCAAGAAACAACGCGCCUUGAGUAAGAAGGGUGGUAACAGGGUCACUGCUUUGGAGAUAUUUCUUCUUGGAGCUUUGGCAAAGCUUGGGGCUACUGUUGUAACAUAUCCUCUUCUUGUUGUAAAGUCGAGGCUUCAAGUGAAACAGCUUAAAACUGUAGACAAGAAGCACCAUUAUGAAGGAACUCUGGAUGCUAUCCUCAAGAUGAUUCAGUAUGAAGGGUUCUAUGGCUUUUACAAAGGUAUGAGCACAAAAAUUGCACAAAGUGUUCUUGCAGCUGCUGUUUUGUUCAUGGUUAAGGAAGAACUUGUCAGGGGUGCUCGGUUAUUACUUACUAAUGGAGGCAUUAAUACAGUGAGAUCAAAGCCUUCUUGAUCGCCACUUUUAUCUCAUUCUCUUUCCCUCGCUUGAUCAUUUCUUUGAAGUUGCUUAGUCAAGGUUAAUUUCAAAUUGAUGCCAGCAUUUUGAGGCAUGUUCCUUGAAAAAGGAGGGAUGUAUUAGGAUUUGCCUGGAGUAAUGUUUUCAGUAUACCCAGUUAAUCCUAUUGAAGACUAUUUACAUCAUAGAUGUUUCAUGGAAACCAUAUGCACAAUAUCUGUCAACUGUUAUCAAACAGAAAAAAAGAUUCUGGUUUCAAUAAGAACUUGUCCAUCUGUAGAACAUUGUAAGCAGGAUUAGUAUUUUAAAGUUGAAGCUUCUUCUUGUACCCUUCAAUGGUGCAUAGCCAAAGACCAAAAGUACCGAAUGCUGUUUGAGAGGAUGAAUAUACUUUGAACUUUUAUUUUUGAACUGCAAUAUUAGAUUUGCAUUAAACUGUC